CUUUCUAGCGAGAUAAACAAGCAGCCAGUCAGCAUCGGGGUUUCAGCCAGCACAGAGCAGUCAGAGAGGAACAUGGCCGCAGCACAUUUAGCUCGCGCUGUAGCUGUUCCUCCCAACCGAAGGUCAGACCGGGUUGAUUAAAACAUACAGGAUUUAACAAGAGCACGAGCGACGGAAAGUUUCACAUCGUAGAAGAGGUGGAUGAAGGGUUGCCCUCCCAGCAGCCAUGAUGCCCUGAAGAGCUGACUGGAGUCUGUACCAGAACCUAGACGCUGAUAUGCAGUGAAGAUGAGUGGCGUUGGUGAAAACCCCUCGAACCCUGCUGCCAGGGCCGAGUCGCGGAAACGCAAGGAAUGUUCCUCUGACCUGUUGGGUCCCAGCCCCAAACAAAGCAUAGAGAAGAGAAACCGUGAGCAUGAGAACAAGUACAUUGAGGAGCUGGCCGAGCUGAUCUUCGCCAACUUCAACGACAUCGAUAACUUCAACGUCAAGCCUGACAAAUGUGCUGUCCUGAAGGAGACUGUCAAACAGAUACGACAGAUCAAGGAGCAAGAGAAAGCAGCCGCGGCCAAUGAGGAGGAGGUACAGAAGGCGGAUGUGUCGUCGACGGGCCAAAGCAUCAUCGACAAGGAUGCUCUCGGACCAAUGAUGCUGGAGGCCCUGGAUGGGUUCUUCUUCGUGGUGAAUAUGGAGGGUAACAUAGUGUUUGUGUCUGAGAACGUGACCCAGUACCUGCUGUAUAACCAGGAGGAGCUGAUGAACACCAGCGUCUACAGCGUCCUGCACGUAGGAGACCACGCUGAGUUUAUCAAGAACCUGCUGCCCAAGAGCCUGGUGAAUGGUGUGCCGUGGUCAAGUGAAGGUCCCAGGAGGAACAGUCACACGUUUAACUGUCGUAUGCUGGUCAACCCUCACAGUGACAACAGGGACGAGACCAACGACCAUGAGGGGCAGAAACAGAAAUAUGAGACCAUGCAGUGUUUCGCUGUCUCCGAACCCAAGAGCAUCAAGGAGGAGGCAGAAGACUUCCAGUCAUGUCUGAUAUGUGUGGCUCGCAGGAUGCCCAUGAAGGAGCGUCCCGUUCUCCCCACGCACGAGAGCUUCACCACCCGGCAGGACCUGCAAGGUAAGAUCACGUCACUAGACACCAGUCUUCUGAGAGCCUCUAUGAAGCCUGGCUGGGAAGACCUGGUGAGGAGAAGCAUCCAGAGGUUUCACCUACAGAACGACGGAGAGAUGUCCUUCGCCAAGAGACACCAACAAGAGGUGUUGCGUCACGGCCAGGCAUUCAGCCCCAUCUACAGGUUCUCUCUGUCAGACGGGACCAUCGUGUCGGCUCACACCAAGAGCAAGCUGGUCCGCUCCCCUGCCACCAACGAACCCCAGCUCUACAUGUCUCUACACCUGCUACAGAGAGAGCAGUCAGUGUGUGGUAUGGGGCCGGGUCAGGACAUGGGGCCCGGUGGACAGGGCCAGCAUGGGACAGUGAUGGGCCCCGGCCCCAAACCAAUGGUCCCCAACCCCUCAAUGACACCUCCAACCCCGGGGACAAUAUCUGGCCUGGUGCCCCAGGGACAGGACACCACGAUCAGCUCCAACAGCACGCCCUUCUCCCUUCCUCAUGGAGGUCCAGGGUCCAGAGAACCAGGGCUCGGACCCAUGGGGUCCGGGUCUGGACACAUGCAGGGCUACCGUUACGGUUGCCCUCCCCAGCCCAUGGGCUACCCUGGAGGGAUGCAGGGCGGCAUGGGCAUGAACCCCCCCAACCAUCCCCACCAGCAAGGGGCCAGCUGGAGGAUGAGCAGCCCGUCUCGAGGCAGCCCGACCCCAGCCGGAGGCCCCCAUCUGGGGCAACAGAACUCGAUGCUGUCCCCUAGGCACCGGGCGAGUCCAGGGAUGGCAGGGAGCCCUCGCGUGGCCCCAUGCCUGCACUCGCCCUCCCCUGUGGGGAUGUGUGGGUCUGGAACAGGGGUUGCAGUAGGAGGUAGCGGUCCUGCGGCUAACAGUCAUGCUAACAGUCAUGCUAACAGUCAUGCUAACAGUCAUGCUAACAGUCAUGCUAACAGUCAUGCUAACAGUCAGGCUAACAGUCAGGCUAACAGUCAGGCUAACAGUUACACCAGUAGUUCUCUGUCGGCCCUGCAGGCCCUGAGUGAGUGUCACGGGGUUGGUCACGGCGGUUGCGUUCACCCACACAUUCAUGGCGCUGGGGGGCAUUCGCACACACACACGCUAGGGUCACCGGACAGGAAGAUGAUGGGGUCGCCAGCCGGCAUCACGAUGGGGGCAGGGGUCAACCCUCACAUGAUGUCGAAAGUUGGCGGUGGCACUAACGUGGAUCCUCACGGAGAGCAGGGUGGACAGUACGACCAGAGACAGAUGGACAGACAGACUGACGGAAACGGUAGCAGCGGUAACCACGGUGACGUCAAAGAGGAGAGGGACGGCUCAAACGACGGCCCCAACGCGCAGAGCCGUGUCCUCCACGACAACAAGGGCCACACCAAACUACUCCAGCUCCUCACCACCAAGUCCGAACCCCUCGACACCCCCCCGUCUCCCAACGGAGGAGGAGACCCCAAGGACCCCUCGUCAGGGCUGGGGGGCCCUCAUGGUCCAGGGGCCCCAGGGGGCCACGCCACAUCCCUAAAGGAGAAACACAAAAUACUCCACAGGCUGCUCCAGAACAGCACCUCUCCUGUCGACCUGGCCAAGCUCACCGCUGAGGCCACUGGCAAAGAGCUGGGAGAGCAGGGGAGUAACGUCAACACCCAGGUGGGUACAGGAGGGGGUACAGAUGGAAACCUCUCCUCCAAACAGGAGCCCCUGAGUCCUAAGAAGAAGGACAAUGCACUGCUGAGGUACCUGCUGGAUGAAGAGGAGGGGGGCAUGAAGGAGAGGCAGGCUAGGAUGGAGGGAGGAGGAGGAGGAGAGGUGAAGACGGAGAUGAAACACCCCAUCCAUGUGAAGACUGAGAAACAGGAUACAGGAUAUGAUCGCUCUGAGCAGUCGUCAGAGCUGGAUGAUAUCCUAGAUGAGCUGCAGUGUGUCCAGCCCCAGCUGUUCGGUGAGCCGCGGCCCGUCUCUCUGCCUUCCUCCCUGGACAAACAGACCAUCAUCAACGACAUACUGCACAUCACCCAGGAAACCAGCCCUGCCAACGCCAUGGCAACACAGCAGCAGCAGAGGGGCAUGGGGCCAGGCAACUAUGGCGGUGCCAGAGGGCCGGAGGGCCAGGGGCCAGCUAGGGGCCUCCCUGUGAGGAGUGUAUCCCUGGACAUGACCGUGUCAGGGGUCCCCCAGGGCCAGUAUCCCCCUGUGGGAACCCUCAGUCCCUACACGCUCCUACAACAGCAGCAAGGAAUUCUGGCAAACCACACCGCCAUGAUGUCUAACCAGGCCAACCUCUCAGGUCAGAUGGAUGGUCCUCGGCAGGGCAUGCAGCAGGAGGGAGGUUGGGGUCCUGGGGGCCCAGGUCAGAGCGGGUCAUCAUCGGUCCGUCCUCCAGGGGUCCCAGGUCAGCAGGGGACGACGCUCGGCCGUAUGGGGCCCAGCCCUGGAGGCACUAUGAGACCCAACAGUCAGCCCGGCCCUGGACCCAGACAGAUGCUGCAGUCUCAGAUGAUGGUCAACGACAUGGGUAUGGGGCCCCACCAGUUCUCCCAGCAACAGGCUCCACCCAAUCAGACGGCUCCGUGGCCAGACAGCGUGAUGCCUGUUGAGCAGACCCCCUUCAACCAGAACAGGUCUCUGUAUGCCUCCCAGCAACAGCAGCAGCAGGAGGUGUUGUGUGGGGUUCCGGGGCCCAGUGGUCAGAGUCAGGGGCCUGGUGAUGGAGGUGGUAGUGAUGAGGGGGCUCUCCUAUCCCAGCUCUACACCGUGUUAAAGGACUUUGAUGGCCUGGAGGAGAUAGACCGAGCCCUGGGGAUACCGACUCUGAUGGGACAGGGUCAGUCUGUAGAUCAGGAUCAGUUCUCUUCAGACCCGUCCAUGUUGUUGGACCAGAAGCCUCCAGUGUACGGCCAGCAGGACCUGCCACCCGGCUCCCAUCUAGCCCAGAGAGGGUACCACGGCCCUGGGGCCGGCAGACCCAUGCAGGACCCCACACCCGGCUCCCAUCUAGCCCAGAGAGGAUACCACGACCCUGGGUCUGGCAGACCCAUGCAGGACCCCACAGGGCAAGGCUUCCACCCCAUGGCUGUCCAGAUGGGCCCCAGACCAGGAUACCCCAUCAUGAGGCUGAGGCCCCAGGCGGUGGUUCCUAACCAGCCUAAUACACUGAGGCUACAGCUGCAGCACCGGCUACAGGUACAACAGAACCGCCAGCCAAUGAUGAACCAGAUGAGUGGAGUGUCCAAUAUGAACCCAACUUUACAGUCCAACAACCCCAACCAGGGGACCAUCAAUGCACAGAUGUUGGCACAACGGCAGAGAGAACUCCUCAACAACCACCUGCGGCAACGCCAGCUGGAGCAUCAGAGACAGCAGCAGCAGCAGCAGCAGAGGAACAUGGUGAUGAGAACCCAGGGGCUCAACCUACCUCCCAAUAUGGCCGCCGCGGCUGCUGCAAGUGGCCUAUCAGGAGGCCUGAGUAACCCUCGGAUCCCACAGACCACCAAUCCCCAGCAGUUCCCCUACCCACCCAGCUACGGUACCAGUACAGGCCCAGGCCUGGCCACACCUCCACCUCCUCACCCCUCUACCAGCCCUUUCUCCCCCAUCUCGCCCAGCCUGCCCUCCUCUCUCCCCCCUCACCAAGCCCUGCAUGGCUCUCCUUCCUCCCAGAUGAUGAUGAUGGGGGGAUCAGGACAGUUUGGGGACGUAGUCAGCCCUCAUGUACAGCAGCUCAGUGCCUUUCAGUUCCCAAACUCAGGUAUGUCCCAGCAGCCUGACGGAGGGUUUGGGGGUCAGGCCACGCCCCAGAGUCCCCUGUUGUCCCCCAGGAUGGCCCACGCCCAAUCCCCCAUGAUGCAGCAGCAGGGCAACGCCAAUUUCCAGGCGUCGCCUGACCUAAACGGUUGGCCGCCCCAGGGGAACAUGGGAGGAAACAGUAUGUUCAGUACUCAGCAGUCUCCGCCCCAGUUCGCCCAGCAGCAGCAGACCAACGGGGGCGCGGCCAUGUACAACGGCAACGGAAUGAACCUCAACGUCUCCAUGGCUACCAACGCCAGCGGCCUGGCCCCCGUGGGUCAGAUGGCCGGACAGAUGAUCACCUCGCCUGGAAUGACCUCAAUGGGACAGGAACAGAAAUACUGCUGACCCUGGUGGAGCGUGAAGCCAACCAGCACCUUAAUGCUAACACCCAGGAUCCAAUGAGCUCGCUGGUUCAUCUUCAACCACCCAACCAAUCUACCAACGGCUCUUUGAGUGAACCUGGCAGUGCCCUGACUCAGCUCUGCCCAACCAAGCCUGACCUCUGACUUCACCUACCUGGCAUAAAGUGUUCC